AGGAAGAAAAGUGUCCUGGAUAUGGGAGGCAAACAAAAGAAAGUGACCCCAAUCAGUGACAACCUGAAGCAUACUGGACAAGAAAAGGGAGACACAAAAGAUCACGAAUGCUCAUUGAUUUAUGAAACUAAGAUGGAGAGAAAACAGUCUACAGACCUAAAUGGUUUUGAUACGCAGGUGAUUAAGUGUAAUAGGCUGGAAGAAAUCAACAUACGAUACAAUGGUAGCAGACUGGGAAAGAUGGCCUUUUUUGAGUGCUUGAAAAAAGUGGAGAAGUUGAUCACAGAUCAGAAAACAAUAGAGAAGUCAUAUUUAAGAGUGCAAGGAACAAAGAAUGUAAAAAAGCAGAACUUCCCUGAUUCCACAGAGGGAGCCAUCCAGAAGAAUGAGUCCUUCUCUCACACAGAAAGGGUUCAUAAGCUCAACAAAGAAAAUGCUGAAAAGGCAAAUGGCUUUUUGAUUCAAGAGCCAAAGAACAAAGGGAAAGGUUUGGAAUGCUACUAUCAGUAUAGAGGGAGGUCUGUUCAAAACGGGGAAGAGGAUACUGUUGAUGGCAACAGUCAAUGGAUAAAGGGCAAAGAAGAAAGAGAGGAGAGUAAAUCCCUGGAAGGUGAGAAGAGGCUUGAUGGACAGGAUGCCUCUAAUGAAGAAAGGCAAGAGGAGGAAGAUGGAGAAGCAGAAGAAGAGGAGGAGGAGAAGGAUGCAGCAACUGUGUCCCAAAGUGAAGCUGAGAGACAUGGUGAUGGGGAUCCAUCACAAAGCCAGGGCCAAGAUGGAUUGCCCCAAAGGUAUAAAGGAAAUGAAAAAGUUAUAGGAAAGAAAUCUGCAAGAACAGACUCCCAGAACACUGAGCAGAAUUGCCAAUUUGAGCAUAGUAUUAGCAGCAACCUUCAAGUGAAUGAGGAAGGCUUCAUGAAAGAUGACAACAAAGAGAGCAGGGUAGAUACAGAGAACGCUGGUGACAAGCAGAAACCUGAAGCUAUUAAACCAAAUGCCCCACAAGAACUAGAAUCAGCUGAUUCUACUGGAACAGAAAGUGAGACCCACUCAGAAGCAUCUACAGAAGAUGAUGAUUCUGUGGCUGUGAUUGAUGAUAGCCAAAAUCUUCCAGCACCAUUUGAUCAUCGAAUCGUCUCAGCAAAAAGGGCAGGGAUCAGCAGUUAUUAUUAUGUCAACAAGAAGGACAUUCUUGGACAAGGGAGAUUUGGUCAUGUGCACAAAUGUGAAGAAAAGGCAACUGGUCUCCAGUUAGCAGCAAAAAUUAUAAAAGCCAGAGGUUCUAAGGAAAAGGAUGAGGUUAAGAAUGAAAUCAAUGUCAUGAACCAGCUGAACCACGUGAACCUUAUCCAGCUGUAUGAUGCCUUCGAAUCCAAAAACGACAUUGUGCUGGUCAUGGAAUACGUGGAAGGAGGAGAAUUAUUUGACCGAAUUAUUGAUGAAAACUGCAAUCUGACAGAACCGGAUACUAUCUCAUUCAUAAAACAGAUCUGCGAAGGCAUUCAGCACAUGCAUCAGAUGUACAUUCUUCAUUUAGAUUUAAAGCCUGAGAAUAUCUUAUGUGUGAAUCGAGCUACUUAUCAAAUAAAAAUUAUUGAUUUUGGAUUGGCCAGAAGAUAUCAACCAAGAGAAAAACUUAAAGUGAACUUUGGAACUCCAGAAUUCCUUGCACCUGAAGUUGUGAACUAUGACUUUGUCUCCUUUCCCACGGACAUGUGGAGUGUAGGAGUCAUUGCCUAUAUGCUGCUCAGUGGCUUGUCUCCUUUUCUGGGUGACGAUGACAACGAGACUCUCAACAAUAUCCUGGCUUGUAAUUGGGAGUUUGAAGAAGAGGAAUUUCAAGAAGUCUCUGAAGAUGCCAAAGAUUUCAUCUCAAAGCUUCUCAUCAAGGAAAAAUGCUGGAGAAUGAGUGCAACCUCUGCCUUAAAACAUCCUUGGUUAUUGAACCACAAACUUCACUGCAGACUCCAAAAUCAGGAGAAGGCUAUGUGCAGCUCAGAGUCUCAAGCACCCAUGGAUCAAUGACCUUUCUGAGAGGGCAGCCAAAUGAAAGAAAAGCUGCUGUGUGGUUACUGCUGCUAAGAGUUUUGGAAAUAUCAGCAGUUCUGGUGCUUCCACUCCCCGUGAUGACUUGAGGCUUUUACUAAGUGGACCAAUACCACUUUAGCUGCAGGAUAAGUCCCAGCAUUACUGAGCUGCUGCUGCUUGAUUCAACUUUCAGAAGAGACAUGCUGCUAUCAAAGUUCACAGAAAGGUGUUUCUGCUCAGUCACCAUGUAUUUCAUGCCUGAGAUCACUAUCCUAGUGCGGAUUUAGAAUUAUAUUAACUCUUGUCUUGUCUUGCUUUCCUGAAUUACCUAUUUGAGAUUUUUGGGAGAUUAAAGCUUUUAUAGCUCUUUCUCAUCUCAGCCCAGCAAGCAGAAUAUUAUUUCAUUGCAAUUGUAACUGAGGUUGAUUUGAAAUUGAACCCUAAAAAUGCUUUGCAAAAAAACAA